AUGUCUUCUUCGGUACCGUCGACGACUAGCGUCCUUAUUAAAUUAAAUCAGCACACUCAUAGUCCCGCGACAGUUUCGGCCUGCCUUCAGGCCGUCUCUAUGCUGUCUGAGUCUGAACGCAAGGUCCUUGUCGAGUCCCCUGCUAAGUACCGCAUGACACCUACAGAAACGGAGGCAUUCACGGCCGCUGCCGUGCAGGCACUAUCCUCAGAUGAUCUAGACCAAGAGCUUGGAGAGGCUGCCAGUGGGGCCUCUGAUGCAGUCAAUGGCAUCCUUGAACUAAUGGUCGGCCUUGUACUCAAUUUAGCAUGGGGCGAUUCAAUGAACGGCACGCACCUCACUGAACAGUAUGAGCCGAUUUUGAGGCUGUAUUGCGAGACUAUGAGGAAUGGGGUUCCGCUUGCCAACACGAUUGCUCAGUAUGCGGAAGACUUCGAUAAUAAAGUCAUUGAAUUCUGUGCAGACAGUUCUCUAACUAUAGAUGAGCGUUUGUCGACAAUCCAAGGAUAUAUCAACGAUGCGGAAGGAUACCAGACCACGGCAACUGAGAUGCAGAGCACCCUAGAGUCUGUGUUUGACAAAACUAUGGAUUUCAUAAAUCAAGCUGGGAGUCAGUCAUUGAAGAGAGACCUGAAGCAGAAGGCAAAGGGCUUCCCAGCACCGAGGUCAGCAAAGAAAUUCUCGGACGUGCCGCUCGAUGUAAAAGUCCCAGCACUGAGGGUCGCUCUGGAAUCACCUUUCGGACCAUACGUCAUGGUUGCUGGUCUGCUUGGAGUUGCUAACCCUGACGCGACCAUCGCGGCCUAUUCAAUUGCUGCGUCGAUGACCAAGCGGGAACAUGUACCUAUCAGAACAGUCAUAUCUGACCUAGCCACACGGGCACAACCAGGGGGUGCAGAGGCUACCAACACAGAGUAUUUCAACGAGUUUCGAGAGCAUAUUGGAGUCCUCGCCGGCUACUGGGGCAGUACACUUAUUGAUGCGCGAGAAAUCGAGGCAUGGCUAAAGGAUGGCGCUUUCGCCGUAAACCUACCCACGUACAUGGAAAAGGCGCUGAAUGGAGGGGCCAAGAUCUAUGUGAAAGUAGGCAAGUACUUGCGACUGUACGCCGAACAGACCAACCAGAUUCCUUGGGAUGACUGGUUGAACGCCGAUGAGAAUUCGUAG